GUGAAUAAGUAUAAAAAAUAGAGGUAGAAAGUAAAAGGAUGUGUAGUAUUUAAAAAUGGAAAAUGCAUAAUAGGAGUAUUAUAUUAGAGAUGGACGAAAAUGAGAAAAUGUGUAUAUUUAUUAAAGAUGAGAGUAUAAUAUUUUGUUAGGAAUAUUAUGUCCACAGGCUUGUGUGGAUAAGCCAUCUUCAAACCAACAUUUCAUCCAUGGCUCUAGCCACCGCCGCUGCUGCAUUCUCCGGCUUCCCCACCACCACCAGAGAAAUUCCAGCAUCAUCUCUCCCCGGAAAGACAGCCACAUUGCGGCGGCGCGGCCUGAAUGCGACAAAAGGACCGUCGAGCGUUUGCCAGCCGCUCCCGCCCGACAGGCCGCUCUGGUUCCCCGGCAGUUCUCCCCCGGAAUGGCUCGACGGCAGUCUUCCUGGAGAUUUCGGAUUCGACCCGCUCGGAUUAGGAUCGGAUCCGGAGCUGCUGAAGUGGUUCGCGCAGGCGGAGCUGAUGCACGCGCGGUGGGCGAUGCUGGGCGUGGCCGGAAUCCUGAUCCCGGAGUGGCUGCAAGGGCUGGGAUUCAUCGAGAACUUCUCGUGGUAUUCGGCCGGCGAGAGGGAAUACUUCGCGGAUCCGGCGACGUUGCUGGUGAUGCAGCUGGCGCUGAUGGGGUGGGCGGAGGGGCGGCGGUGGGCCGACAUGCUGAACCCGGGCUGCGUGGACAUGGAGCCCAACCUUCCGCAUAAGACGAAGCCCAAGGCGGACGUGGGGUACCCGGGGGGGCUGUGGUUCGACCCGAUGAUGUGGGGCCGCGGGUCGCCCGAGCCCGUGAUGGUGCUCCGGACUAAGGAGAUCAAGAAUGGGAGGCUGGCUAUGCUUGCUUUCCUUGGCUUUUGCUUCCAAGCGGUUUAUACCCAUCAAACCCCCAUUCAGAAUUUGAUGGCCCACAUAGCCGAUCCCGGCCACUGCAACAUUUUCUCGGCUUUCACCACACACUGAGAUGCUACCCUCACUUUGGAGGGAAAUGGAUAUAGAUCCCAAUGUAUACGUCUUGUUUCGCUUUUAAUGUUCUGCUUACCCCACUCAUAUCAAAUACUAUAUCGCCUUUUAACUCCA